AUGUCCAAGGAAGCUCCUUUUCCUCAACCUCAACACCAGCAGAGGCAGCUGCGCGUCGCUGUACUCACGUCUGGAGGCGAUAGUGCUGGGAUGAAUGCAGCCGUCCGUGCAGUGGUCAAGCAAGCCAUUGUCAGGGGCUGCGAAACGUACAUUGUCCGAGAAGGCUACGAAGGACUCGUGCGUGGAAACGAAGAGGCUGUAGGAUCCAAUGAUGAAUCAGGAUAUGUCACCCCUCCUAAUGGAGAGUCCCGUGGUGUCGAGGCCAACCUCCGAUUCGGAUAUGGAUCUCUGCUCAAGGAUGGGGAGAGCGACUCGGUAGAUACUCCUGGUGCCAAGUCGUUGAAGGGGAGGUAUAUUGUCCGAGUCGGAUGGGAUGAUGUGCGUGGUUGGAUGGGCGAGGGAGGUACUAUUAUUGGUACUGCUCGCUGUGCCGCUUUCAGGACGAUCGAGGGAAGGACAAAGGCAACGCUCAACCUCAUCAAGGAAGGAAUCAACGCCCUCGUCGUCUGUGGAGGAGACGGUAGUUUAACUGGUGCUGAUAAAUUGAGAGCAGAAUGGCCAGAACUCGUACAGAGCCUUCGUCAGAGCGGUAACAUAACAGAAGAACAAGCAAAUACUUAUCAACACCUUGUUAUCGUUGGACUCGUUGGGUCUAUCGACAACGAUAUGGCCAUGACAGACUUGACCAUUGGAGCACCGACCGCCUUGCACCGUAUAUGCGAGUCGAUGGACAACAUUAGUUCCACCGCCAGUUCUCACUCUCGAGCUUUCGUUAUCGAGCAGUUUUUUUCUGAAUAUGAAGGUGAAUGUAGUGGAGGUGCAGAUUUUGUUUUUAUUCCAGAAUGCCCACCUACUAGCGACGACUGGGAGGAAGAAAUGUGCGAGGUGAUCAAACGAGAGCCCACGACAAGAACCUCAACCCGAUCAAACCAGACUAUGUUAAAGAUAUUUUACGCAACAAGUUACAAUUGGAUACUAGAGUUACCACUCUUGGACACACUCAACGAGGAGGGAGACCCUCCAACUUUACAAGGAGUCGAAGCUGUCAAUGCGCUUCUAGAAUCUACACCCGACACGCCGUCGUAUAUGAUCGGAAUCAAUGAAAACAAGAUUAGUCGCGUGCCCUUGGUCGAGGCCGUUCAGCAGACACAAGCUGUCGCUACGGCUAUAGGCAACAAGGACUUUGUCAAGGCCACCGACCUUCGCGACCCAGAAUUCAAAGAGUCGUUCCAAGGAUUCCUUACCGUUUCCUCGUUGGAUCCAAAGCACAUGCUUCCAAAGGAAAAGCACUUGAGAAUUGCGAUUAUGCACAUUGGAGCCCCUGCUGGCGGAAUGAAUGCCGCAACACGAACAGCAGCCCGUUAUUGUCUCGCACACGGCCAUACACCCCUCGCUGUCCAGAACGGCUUCAAGGGUUUAUUGGAUGACAGCAUUUACCCCUUAUCCUGGCUCAAAGUAGACAGCUGGAUGACUCGUGGUGGUUCCGAACUGGGCACGAAUCGGUUCCUCCCCAAGGAAGACUUGGGAGCAAUUGCCUCCAAGUUCCAGAAACAUGGUAUUGACGGUCUAUUCAUGAUUGGUGGAUUCGAGGCCUUUUCUGCUUUGUUGACUCUGGAGGAAGCCAGAAAGCAUUAUCCCCAAUUCUAUAUACCCAUGGUCCACCUCCCCGCUACCCUCUCGAACAAUGUCCCUCUGACAGAGUUCAGUCUCGGAAGUGAUACCAGUUUGAAUGCAUUAGUGGAUGCUUGCGACUCGAUCAAGCAAAGUGCGUCGGCCAGCCGGAACCGAGUUUUCAUUGUAGAAACACAGGGUGGUACUUACUCUUUAAUUGACGUUCAGACCGGAGCAGUGCUCGUAUAUAGCCCAGAAGUCGGAAUGAAUCUCAAUGCCCUUAGGAGUGACAUCAAGUUCCUCAAGAGGCGUUAUGAAUUAGAUGAGAAAGGAAAGGCAGAAGGACGAUUGGUGCUCAAGAGCGAGAAGGCGUCCUCCGUCUUCACUCUUGACAUCAUCACGAAUGUAUUAAAGGAGGAGGGAGGCUCAUUGUUUGAUGCACGGUCUGCCUCCUUGGGCCAUACCCUCCAAGGUGGGAUCCCAUCGCCCAUGGACCGAGCUCGGGCAGCCCGCUUGUCUCUCAAGUGCAUGAACUUUAUUGAAGAGCACGCUUGGGCACUUAAAGCGCAACCAGAAAAGGGACGCAAGCCCAAGAAGUCGAGUGCGGCUGUCAUUACCAUCACCGGGUCGAGUGUUAAUUUCACUCAAGUUCAGGAUCUGGUGGAGCAUGCGGAUAUGAAGAAUAGGCGGGGCGAGAAUGUGUGGUGGGCUGAGUAUAAGGAGCUUGCCGAGAUCUUGGGUAGUAAGAAUUAUUUUGCGUCGAAAUUGGCAUAA